GAGUUACAAAUAGUUCAUUGUACCGAUUGGAUAGACAAAAGACAGCUGAUGCCGAAUUGCUGUCAGAUUUCAAGAAGUUCAGAGAUUUAAAAAUGCCGUUUAAGUAUGUAAAUGAUAUGAAGAGAAAUAGAGGUGGGCCUUACAAAACCGAGCCAGCAACUGAUCUGACUCGUUGGCGCUUGUCGAAUGUGGAAGGCCGUCAGACUUGGCAGUAUUUUGUUAAAGAAGAAGAUGUCCCACGUGAACAGACUAUGUUAGAAAAACAUUCUUUAGGCCUGGAUACAAGCAAGGAAGCACCAGACCUACCGAAAGCUGAGACUCCCCAAGAAGCUGCUAACAAUGGAAUGCGUUUUUAUACAAAGCUACAGGCAGAAGACGGCCAUUGGGCUGGAGAUUAUGGUGGUCCACUCUUCCUCAUGCCUGGUAUAAUCAUUGUUUGCCAUAUUACAAAGACACCUUUUACUGAAGCCCAGAGACUAGAGAUGAUCCGCUACUUGCGAUCUGUCAUGUGUCCUGAUGGUGGAUGGGGACUGCAUAUAGAGGGUCCACCAACAGUAUUUGGCUGCACAUUAAAUUACUGUGCUAUGCGUAUGUUAGGUGUCCCUGCUGAUGAUGGGGAUUUAAUAAAGACUAAAAAAUUGCUUCAUAAAUUAGGUGGCGCUGCAGCAAUACCAUCUUGGGGUAAAUUUUGGCUUGCUGUUCUUAAUGUAUACAGCUGGGAUGGCUUAAAUUCACUCUUCCCUGAGAUGUGGAUUCUUCCAUCUUGGCUACCCUUCCAUCCAUCAAAGUUGUGGUGUCAUUGUCGUCAAGUUUACCUCCCCAUGGCUUAUUGCUUUGGUAGAAGGAUAGUUGCACCUGAGGAUGAUCUUAUCCGACAACUUAGAAAAGAGAUUUAUGUUGAAGAUUUUAAUACAAUCAACUGGCCAGAUCAGAGAAACAAUGUGUCUGCUGCUGAUUUAUUUAGUCCACACUCAUGGCUUUUAGAUUUAGCUUACAAGGUGUUGAAUGUGUAUGAAAAGAUUCACAUUGGUUUCAUUAGAAAAAAGGCAUUAGGUGUCAUGUAUGACCAUAUAGCAGCAGAUGACAGAUUUACCAAGUGUAUUAGCAUAGGCCCAAUUUCCAAGACAAUCAACAUGCUGAUACGUUAUCAUGAGGAGGGACCACUUAGUAAAGAUUUCCAGUUGCAUCAGUACAGAGUUCAAGAUUAUCUCUGGAUUGGACUAGAUGGCAUGAAAAUGACAGGUACCAAUGGCAGCCAGCUGUGGGACACCUCAUUUGCUGCGCAUGCAUACUUAGAAGCUGGUGCUUACCGUAUGGAUGAAUUCAAAGACUGCUUGGCUGCUGUUCAUGAAUUUCUUCGAAUAACUCAAAUCCCUCAAAAUCCACCAGAUUACCAGAAGUAUUACAGACAAAUGAAUGAAGGUGCCUUCCCCUUCAGUACAAGAGACUGUGGGUGGAUUGUCUCAGAUUGUACAGCAGAGGGGAUUAAAGCUGUGAUCAAGUUGCAGGAGAAAUGUAAACUGACCAACCUUAUACCUAAAGAAAAACUGUUCAGGGGCAUUGAUGUGCUGCUAGACAUGAGGUGUGAUGAUAAUGGCUGGGCAACAUAUGAGAAGAAAAGGGGCGGAGCUCUUUUGGAGUUAUUGAAUGCAUCUGAAGUUUUUGGUGACAUCAUGAUUGACUACUCCUAUGUGGAAUGCACCUCUGCAUGUAUGCAGUGUUUUACAACAUUCUCCAAAGCUUAUCCAGAAUACCGUAAACAUGAGAUCCAAACUUGCCUAAAAGAGGGCUUAAAAUACAUUGAAGAUAAACAGAGACCAGAUGGCUCAUGGGAAGGCAGCUGGGCCGUGUGUUUUACAUAUGGGGCCUGGUUUGCUAUGGAGGCUUAUGCCUGCAUGGGAUACACCUAUGGAAGUGGGAAUAAAGUUCCCAGUGCUGUGAAGAAAGGUUGUGACUUUCUGGUCAGUAAACAAAUGGAAGAUGGUGGCUGGGGAGAGAACUUCGAAUCCUGUGAACUCAGGGAGUAUGUGAACAGUGAGACAUCUCAGGUCGUCAACACCAGUUGGGCUGUGCUGGCACUACUGGCUGUCAGAUAUCCUGAUACUGAAGUUAUAAAGAAAGGAAUAAAACUUCUUAUGUCAAGACAACUUCCUAAUGGAGACUGGCCACAAGAAAACAUCAGUGGGGUUUUUAAUAAAUCCUGUGCCAUCAGUUACACAAGCUACAGAAAUGUCUUCCCUAUCUGGGCCCUUGGAAGAUUUGCUCACCACUAUCCAAAGGAGGACUUGCUCAAAUGCUAAUUGAUAUUAAAUGGCUCAAAACCACAACUAGCUUUGGAUAAUCCAGCUGUUCCACUGUGUUGACAAAAAUGUGUUGCUAAUUUAACUGUAUGCCUGUUUGCUGUAUUAUGAGCUUUUUUAAAGUUUAAUUUAUAUUAUAAGCUUUUUAUAAAGGCUAUUAACAUUUUUGUCAAUAUUUGUUUUCUUUGUAUUUUUUUACUUUAUUAGUCUAUACUUCAUCCAUGCUUAAUUUGCUGUGUAGUUAAUUACAUGUUGCAUUCAAUAGCAUUAUGUAAUAGUAGUUACAGAAAUAAA